CCCCAACCAGGGACACUCCAGCCGGCCACGACUCUGCAACAUGCACUGGGCAAAAGUGCUAGGGGGGCUGGUGGGGGCCGCUGUCUUCCUGGGGCUGGGGAUCAUUCUGGGCCACUUCGCCAUCCCCAAAGAGUCUGACUCGCCCGCCCCCAGCACCUCAGCCCGCCAGGACCUGGACCUGGAGAUCCUGGAGACCGUCAUGAAGCAGCUGGAGGCCAACAGGAUCCGUGAGAAUCUGAGAGAACUCUCCAGGGAGCCACACCUGGCCUCCAGUCCCCGCGAUGAGGCCCUGGUGCAGGUCCUGCUGCAGCGCUGGAGGGACCCCACAUCUGGCCUGGACGCGGCCGAGGCCCCCAAGUACGAGGUGCUGCUCUCCUUCCCCAGCCCGGAGCAGCCCAACCACGUGGCCGUUGUGGCCCCCGACGGCAACAUCCUCUUCUCCUGCCGCCAGAGCGAGGAGAAUCUGACUGGGGAGCAGGGGGGGCCUGAAGUGGUGCCACCCUAUGCCGCCUACGCUCCCCCGGGGACCCCGCAGGGCCUCCUCGUCUACGCCAACCAGGGCACAGAAGAAGACUUUAAGGAGCUACAGAGUCAGAACAUCACGCUCAAUGGCACCAUCGCCCUCACCCGAUAUGGGGGCACAGGGCGUGGGGCCAAGGCCGUGAAUGCUGCCAAACAUGGGGUGGCUGGGGUGCUGGUGUACACAGACCCUGCCGACAUCAACGACGGCCAGAGCUUACCCAACCAGACCUUCCCGCACAGCUGGGGCCUGCCUCCCUCCGGGGUGGAGCGAGGCAGCUACUAUGAGUAUUUUGGGGAUCCCCUGACUCCCUACCUUCCGGCCCACCCCUCCUCCUUCCGCCUGGACCCUGCUGAUGCCUCCGGGUUUCCCCCAAUUCCCACACAGCCCAUUGGCUUUGAGGAUGCACAACGCCUGCUCUGUAACCUCGGGGGAGCCUCAGCACCGACUGCCUGGCAGGGGGCCCUGGGCUGUGACUACAAAUUGGGACCCGGCUUCCGGUCUGGUGGCAACUUCACAGAAGGCAGCCAGGUGAACGUGAGCGUGCACAACCGCCUGGAGCUGCGCAACUCCUCCAACGUCCUGGGCAUCAUCCACGGGGCCGUGGAGCCUGACCGCUAUGUGCUGUAUGGGAACCACCGGGACAGCUGGGUGCACGGGGCCGUGGACCCCAGCAGUGGCACCGCUGUCCUCCUGGAGCUUUCCCGUGUCCUGGGGACCAUGCUGAAGAAGGGCACUUGGCGUCCCCGCAGAUCCAUCGUGUUUGCGAGCUGGGGGGCCGAGGAAUUUGGGCUCAUUGGCUCCACCGAGUUCGCGGAGGAGUUCUUCAACAAGCUGCAGGAGCGCACAGUGGCCUACAUCAACGUGGACAUCUCGGUGUUUGCCAAUGCCAGCCUGAGAGCGCAGGGGACGCCCCCGGUCCAGAGCGUCAUCUUCUCCGCAGCCAAACAGAUCCAGGCCCCAGACCCCAGCGACCUCAGCAUCUACGACAACUGGAUCCGCUACUUCAACCGUAGCAGCCCGGUGUACGGCGUGGUCCCCAGCCUGGGCUCUCUGGUUGCCGGCAGCGACUAUGCUCCCUUCAUUCAUUACCUGGGCAUCUCCUCCAUGGACCUCGCCUACACCUAUGACCGGAGCAAGACCUCGGCCCGGAUCUACCCCACCUACCACACCGCCUUUGACACCUUUGGUUACAUGGACAAAUUCUUGGACCCUGGUUUCAGCAGUCACCAAGCAGUGGCCCGCACAGCGGGAAGCGUGCUUCUCCGGCUCAGUGACAGCCUCUUCUUGCCCCUUAAUGUCAGUGACUACAGCGAGACCCUCCACAGCUUCCUGCAGGCUGCCCAGCAGGACCUCGGGGACCUGUUGCAGACGCACAAUAUCAGCCUGGAGCCGCUGGUGACUGCAGUGGAGAAGUUUGAAGAGGCAGCUGCAGCCUUGAACCAACGCAUAUCAGCAGCACAGAAGGACAACCCUGACCCCCUGCAGGUCCGGAUGCUCAAUGACCAGAUGAUGCUCUUGGAACGAACCUUCCUGAACCCAAGAGCUUUCCCAGAGGAACGCUACUACAGCCACGUGCUCUGGGCACCCCGCCACACAAGCUCCAUAGCCACAUUUCCAGGCCUGGCCAAUGCCUGCUCCCAGGCCAAGGACAUGCCCCACGGAUCUGCAGCCUGGGCUGAAGUGCAGCGGCAGCUCAGUAUCCUGGUGACGGCCCUGGAGGGGGCAGCAGCCACUCUGAGGCCUGUGGCUGACCUCUGACUCCAGCCCUCUUUCUUCAGCAACCCCCACCCACAUCUGUCCCAACCCUCUCCCACCCCAGUCUUCUUGGAGUGUGCCCCAAUCUCCUCUGAGGCCAGUAGAGGGCACCACCAUGGCACUCUCUCAAGUCUCUGAGGCAACAGCUGAGGAGAGUGACAAACUCUAAAUGACACCCCCCCCCCAACCAUCCUGGCUUUUGGUGAGCAGAGGGUGGAGGACGGCAAAAGCACAAACUUCCCUCAGUGGGGGGAAGGAUGAGAUGGAAUGCCAACCUUCAGUGCCAACUUGGGGAUCACCAAGGCCACUUCUCAGGGACCAGCAGGAAACCAAGGCCCAGGGUCGAAAGGGAUCUGCCCAGUCUGGGUUUCUCCCCACCAUGCCCUUCCAGUGUCUCAACUCUCCCCCAAAUAAAUAAAGCCUAGCCAUCAGUCCUUAUAAAACAAACUCCUU